CGCCCAACUACCUAGCAUAGUUCUGUAGGGUACCUUUCUUGAGGAGAAGUCUUGCUCAGUUACCAGGUUUCACGACUGGUCGUUAAUCUCCUCUUCAUCCGCCGCUAGCCACUAGACUUAGCGGCUUGGCUUGCUAGCCGUGCGUUCAGCGCAUUAGUUCAACUUGUUUCGGUACAGCGUGCAAAUCUUCCGGACCUGUCCUCACCAGUCGCUCAUUCCUCCACGUCCACGUACAACGUCGACAGGCACUCCCCGCAAUCAGAAUAGCUCCCUUGCUCCUAGCUAGCAAUAGCCACAGAUUCGUCUUUGUACAAUUACUCCAUACUCCUUUCUCCGCCUUUUUCGUGCUUGUUCCAUACCUUGUUAAAAUCCCUCCUCAAAUCACAAAGCUUCGCUCGUCGUAGACCAACGCAACCGUUCCUAGAACCUCUCCAUCUAUCCGCUCCUUCAAAGCUGCCCCGAUCUCAUUGCAGCGCGCCGAGCCGAGCGAUGGGUCCUCCGUGGUUUGCGCGCGUUUGCUUGCUCCUCGCAGUCCUCUCUCUCACCCUCGCAGACGAUGAUGGCCGGAAGCUGUACGUCGUCAGAAUGAACGAUGCGCCGCCGGUUCUCUCCUACGAGGGCGGCAUCGCCGGCUUCGCCGCCACCGCGCCGCCGCCGAUCGCGGAGGCCACGCAGAAACUCGCCAACGGGCUGAUUGGCGCCGCGAGCGCGAUGAUGAGCGGGCUGUCGCGCAACGGGCUGCUGCGGAAACUGCGGAACCGCGUGCGGUUCAACUCGCGGUCGCCGCUCGUUAAGAGCUUCGUGGGGUUCCUGAAGAAGAAGCAGCGGCGCGCCGUGGCGCAGGCCAACAUCGACGCGUCGCAGAUCGUGCACAGCUACACGUACGUCACCAACGCGUUCACCGUGCGCCUGUCGCCCGCGGAGUUCGAGCGGCUGCAGAGCGACCCCGCGGUGGAGGACAUCCGGCGGCCGGGCACGGUGAAGGCGUUCACGAGCAGCGCAAUGGACUUCCUCAACAUGCCAGGUGGCACGUGGCCAUUCGUCGGCGGCGCGGAGCACGCGGGCGAGGGAAUCGUCAUCGGCGUCGUCGACACGGGCAUCUGGCCCGACCACCCUUCGUUCGCUGACGACCCCAUCAAUCCCUAUGCUGCGCCGCCCAAGACGUGGAAGGGCAGGUGCAACGCGACGGAAGAAGAAUCGGACGACCCUCCUCUGUGGAAGCCGUUCGAGUGCAACACGAAGCUCAUCGGCGCGCAGUGGUUCGUGGACGGGCUGCUGAGCGAGCAGGACCCCAACGAUACGAAUUCGCAAAUCGAUUGGCUCAACGAGUCCAAGUCGCCUCGCGAUAGGACUGGCCACGGCACCUGGUGUGCGGGGGCGGCAGCGGGCAACAGGAACGUGCCCAUCAUGCGUGGCAGCCAGUCAUUGGGCAACGCCACAGGGGCGGCGCCGCGCGCCCACCUGGCGAUCUACAAGGCGCUCUGGAACACGGCCAACGGCGCGAUCGGCUCGUGGGCCGACGUGCUCGCAGCCAUUGAUCGCGCCGUGGCGGACGGUGUGGAUAUCCUGAGCCUCUCCAUCGGCGUGCUCCCUGACUCGUACUUCGAUGAAGUACCGCUGCUGAAUGCUGCCAAGGCCGGCGUGUUUGUGGUGCAAGCAGCGGGCAACAACGGCAUGCCGCCGCCCAACUCCUUCUCGCCCGCCCUCAUCUCCGUGACGCCCUUCGCCCUCACCGUCGGCGCCAGCACUAUCAGCCGAACCUUCCCGCCCCUCGCCCGCCUCACCUUCGUGGGGAAGAGCCUGUAUGUGGACGGCGCGACGUGGCGGGGUGGCGACGACUACACGAAGAACAAGGAGAUCGUGCUGGCUGUGGAUGUGAAGAGGCCAGGGGCGUCCAACAGCGAUGCGGAGCAGUGCAUCACCGGUGCGCUCGCCAACUGGCUGGUGCAGGGCAAGAUGGUGAUCUGCAUGUCGGGCGGCAACUCAGCGGACGACAAGGCGCUGGUGGUGUCCUCGGCGGGCGGCGCUGCCAUGCUGCUGGCGCCGCGCGGGCCGUCAGCGGACCCAGAGAGCAUCGGCUUUGACUUCCCGUGCCUCUCCAUGACGUACACCGACGCCUACAGCGUCAGGCUGCUCCUCAAGGACAACGGGGCCAACCCCACCAUCGGCACACUCUCCCCGCUCUACUGGGGCACCAGCGACGAGGCCCCAAUGGUGGCCGCCAUCUCCUCCUCCGGGCCGCUCGUGAACCCGCUGCAGCCCGCCGGCCUCUCCAACUUCACCAACGACAUUCUCAAGCCCGACAUCGUCGCCCCCGGCGUCAUGCUCUUCGCCGCUGCCCCCUCCCCCUUAGGCGAGGUGUCCUUCGGCCUCCUCACUGGAACAUCCAUGGCUACUCCCAUCGUGGCUGGCGUGGCUGCUCUUGUCAUGCAGAAGCAUCCUACUCUCAGCCCUGCGGCGAUUAAAUCAGCGAUCAUGACCUCGGCUUCAAGGGAGAACAACCUCCUGAGCAGGAUUCGCAACCAGGAUGAGAGCAAUGCCACACCGUUCAAUUUUGGGUCGGGGCAGAUCAACCCGUCGGCUGCGAUCGACCCGGGCCUCAUUUUUGACAUCACUUAUAACGAGUACAUAGCGUUCCUGUAUGGGGUGAACAGCAAGGAGGCGAGAGCGCAGAGCCUGAGUAUUCUAUCCACGAAAACACCUUCCAAGGGCGCGAAAAAAUCGACAGUCGCAAUCCAGGCGCCAGCGCCGAUCACCGCGUACCAGCUGAACCUGCCCAACAUCUGCGUGUCGCGACUCAAGAAAUCAGCCACUGUGGUGCGGCGCGUGGUGAAUGUGAGCGGGAAGACGAGCAAGUACACCCUCACCCUGGAGCAGCCAGAUAAUGUGAAAGUGGUGGUGCGGCCCACCAAGUUCACUCUGGCUAACAGAGGCACGCAAACCAUUACAGUCACGCUCACUGUUGUCAACAAAUCGUCAGACUACUCGUUUGGCCGGAUGACGUGGAGCGAUACUGACGGGCAUGUCGUUUCCUCGGCUAUUGGGGUGCAGCCAUAUUGAGAGUUGGCAUACUGAGUCUUGGUUUGAGGUUUGGCAUGCAGAGGUUCGGCAACUGAGGUCUGGUGGUAUUGGUUUGGCAGUACACCGAUGUGGACUGCUGUCUUCUGCUUCUCAGAGGAGUUUUCAUGGAACAAAUGGCCACCUCAAGAAUGAGGUGCCGCACCCUACCUAUGGCUUGCUGGAAAUUAUUUCAUAUCUGGUUUGUAACAUAGUCCUGCUGGUAUUUGCUUUUGGGUUUCUAUUCUGCAGCAGUACUGCUACUGUACUGAGUCAGCCAUGUGAACAAUCCUUGGAUUCUCCAGGGAAAGUGGGUGUUAGAACCU